AUGACCCGUGUAUUGGCGGAUCAUAUUCAGGCAGUAAUAUACUGUUUACCUGCCGAACAUAACCCUUCCCCGGAAGGAAACACGAUUGUAAUGAGCGUCUCGCCGAUCUGGCACCGCAAUGCGAUUAAUGAUGAAGCCAUCAUGGCCGAUUCGGACACAUCCUAUACCAUCGAGACGGAGCAGCAGCUUUGGGACGAGAUCGACCAGGUUGUUGCGACCCAAUGCCCAAGCCACGCCCACGAGACCAUCGACGACGCCUUGCGAUCAUGGCUUCACCUUGCUGCCAAGUGCCGCGACCAGUUCUCCCAGUCGGAAGACGACGUCGCAGGCUGUUCGCAACGGUUGCUAGAGGGAAACCUUUUCAACACGAAUCGGGAAUAUGUGCGCACACAGAUCAUCUACAGCUUAUUGCAGGAGGACGAGGCGGGGCCCCUCUACGGCAUUGCGACCCUUCUGCUGCUGGACGGUCGCAGCGAAGACACCACGUAUCGGCACAUGAUAGACGAGGGCUGCUUUCCCCGGCUGCUCGAGCUUAUCGUCGCGGGUAGAGAGAACGAUCCGGGUCUGCACAGGCUACUGCUAACGCUCAUGUACGAGAUGUCUCGCGUCGAGAAGCUGCGCUAUGAAGAUCUGGUACGGGUGGACGACGGCUUUGUUACGUAUCUCUUUCAAUUAAUCGAGGGAUUCUCUGACGAUGUCGACGACCCAUACCAUUACCCCAUUAUCCGCGUUCUGCUGGUCCUGAACGAGCAGUACAUGGUGGCAUCCACGACUGCGCUUGCCGAUCCCCAGUUGCCCGAUGCGCCCUUGACGAAUCGCGUGGUCAAGUGCCUCUCGCUAUAUGGCUUGCAGUACAGGACCUUUGGCGAGAACCUCAUCCUCCUUUUGAAUCGCGAGACCGAGACCUCACUACAGCUGCUCAUUCUAAAGCUGCUCUAUCUCCUUUUUACCACAAGGGCAACCUACGAGUACUUUUAUACCAACGAUCUGCGCGUCCUCCUCGAUGUCAUAAUACGCAACCUCCUCGAUCUGCCCAACGAGUUCUUGUCACUGCGGCAUACCUACCUGCGCGUCCUGUAUCCGUUAUUGGCGCACACACAGCUGAACCAGCCGCCGCAUUACAAGAGGGACCAGAUUAUCACGGUCCUCAACAUUCUUGCCGGCACAGGGAGUUACCACUUUGCGCCGCCAGAUGAUACCACAGCAAGGCUGGUCGAUCGGGUGUCCAAAGUGAAGUGGUUAGCUGAGGAGGGCACAGGGGCAGGAGAGAUUGCACGCAAGUUUCUGGGGAUUAGUCUGGAGUCUAGCGAUGUUGCUAGCAAGAUUAGUGUGAUUGAUGUGGCAGCUGUAAAAGAGAAGCCCGGAGUACAGACGCCUAGCAGGAAAGAUGGAAUCGAAGCUGCAGACGUUACAGCCGAGCGGAUUGCGUCCUCCGAGACGGACAAGAAGUUGGUGCCGCCACCGCCCAGGAGGACGCGAAAACCACUACCCGCAGUCCCACAGCGUCGACAUGGCAUUCCCAUCCCCGUGGCGGCGCCAGUAGAUGAGAGCGGCAAUGGCAAAGCACUUCCGGCAAAGAAACUCCCUCCGAAGCCACCGCCCCAGCGACGGUUCAACAGACUGAGGGCGCCAGAUUCUCCGCCGACUCGGACAUCCUAG